AUGCAUACGUUUGGCCACUCCAAGAAUCGGGAGAGUAUUCGACAAAGUCAGGCUACUACUCUAUGCUGCUACAACCUGAGAACCACCACGAGACCUCUCCGUCGCUCCUCCUAUAGAGUGGAACAAGUUGGUUUGGUCACCCCCUCUAUCUCCAAGUUGAAGCUUUUUCUUUGGAAGAUUCUUCAUGGAGCGUUACCAACCGGAGAAAACCUACAAAAGCGGGAGAUGUUAAGUAAUACAGUCUGCCCCCAAUGUGGACAAAGAGAAACCACACUACACCUGUUCUUCCAGUGUGCUUUUGCGCAGGAGGUGUGGCUCCAAACACCAUGGGAAUCGACUUUUGACUCUUCCCAAGUAUCUUCAGUGGUAGAUGAACAUGCGAUAUCCAUGAAGCGCAGACUCCUCCCCCCUACAGGAGUUACAAUCAACAUCUUUCCGUGGAUCCUAUGGUUUAUUUGGUUAUCUAGAAAUCAACUUACCUUUGAGAACAGGAAGUCUUCGGCCGCCGACACGACAUGCAAGGCCAUCCAAGCGGCGCAGGAAUGGGAGAAGGCACAACCUAUUGUCACUCCUAGGCCGAUUCAUCUCCCACCUACCCCUUCACUCCAGGACCUUCCGGAACACACGAUCAUCUGCAACACAGAUGGAGCCUGGCGUUCGGACUCUCUAGCGGCGGGGAUAGGCUGGAUCCUCAAAGACGCUACAGGCGAGAUCGAUCGAGGAGGGAGGAGCUUUCUUUUCGUUUCUUCAGCACAAAUGGCGGAGGCACUAGCGAUCAGAGAUGCUCUGAUACACGCUUCUACGCUAGGCUACACCUCUAUCUGGCUUCGAUCAGAUGCUCAAGCGCUCAUCACGGCGAUUCGGGCGAACCGGAGACCGACAGAACUCUACGGCGUCUUGUCGGACAUCGCUUCGCUCUCCUCCUCUUUCUCUCUUUGCGUUUUUUCUUUUUGUCCUAGAUCAUCUAAUGGCUUGCGGACUCAAUAG